AAAGCAAGAAUACAUGCGAGUUCUGCAAGACUGAAAGGCUCUAAGAUGCUUGUUCAUCGUUGCCGUGCCAAAUACCUCGGGAAAUCGGGAGCCACCGCACCAAAGGUUGGGACGCUGGAAAACACUGCUCGAAUUUACCAAAAAGGAUGCCUAAAUAUCAACGACAGGGAAUCAUUAUUCGUCACUGUGACUUCAAAAGCAAUUUCAAUUGAGAACGAUGAUGGARUUUCUUGCUUUUUUCCCAUAAAGAGUACAUUAUUUUGUGCAACUUUUAAGAAAAUUCCUCAAGUUGUGGCAUUCAAUUAUCUCUCAGCAAAAGAGCCUCCAACUAUUGAAUGCCACGCGCUUUACAUGGACUCGGCAGCAGAAGCACAAAUGUUUGUAGAAGCAAUAACWGCUGCCUUCAAUAAUGCCUACAAAACUCCUUACAGCUUUGAGACAGAAUCCAUUGGCAGUGAUGCCGAGUCGAAAGAAAGUACCAUUAGCUGUAGUGACAGUGGUCAGCCUAAGAAGAGUCCCUGGAUGGACAAGAUUAGUGACAUUUUUGGGGUUUUUAGCUUGAAGAAAAUUCGAUGAGAAUAUAUAACAGAUGGAAAAACGAGACUUUAAGACGCAGUGAUUAUGAGAACUCUUUUAAAGCAAAGAAAAGGAGUCAAGAGAUACAAGAUGACGGUUUCUGGUCUGGUUCUGGUUGCGUAACUAUCACAAACUAACUCUAUGUGGUAACUUAUUGAAAAUAUCAGCAAGCAAUGAACAAAAUAUGAUAGAAAAAAUCAUCGUUGUCUUAGCUUUAGAUGAAAUUAGUCAUCAAAAGAGUUAAAAAUGUAAAUAAUGCGACGGAAUUUUCUUGAUUGCGCAGUCUGAAUUGCACUCACAGAUGCAUGACUUAACGUUAUGAUAAUUUCCGUCAUAACCGGUCAUGCCUUACGACAAUGUAUAGUGAUGUUUCAUAGGAAUGACCACAAAUGAGUCAUGAUCCCCUGUAAAUAUAAUGUAAAUAGUAGUAAUAUAUACUAUGAACUGAUAUAAUAAAUAAUUAUGAAGAAUUCAA